UGUGUGUGUGUGUGGCAGGCUGAGAAAAAGCCCGCUGAUCGCAUUCAGUGCUCGUGAACUGAGGAGCUCCUCUGUCAGCACCGAGUGCACGCGCUUCUUUUUUCCCCCUCCACGGUUACCGUGACCGUCGUGGAUGUGGAGCUGAUGGUGUUUUUUUUUUUUGCGCGCGCGUGCCGUGUUUGGAUUAUUCCCCCGGAGCGGACAAGGACCCGGACCCGGAGCAGUGAGUGGAGGCCCCGCGGUGUGUGUGUGUGAGAGAGAGACACCGUGAACCGGCGCUGCCUUCGGGCCAGAAUAACGAUGAGGUUCCCUGUACGGUCUGCGCCGCGGCUCAUCUGACGCUGGCAUUCCCAGCUUCCUCACCCACUGAUUUUUCCGCGCGCGCGCGCGCGCGUGUGUGUUUCUCGUCUCCUAGAGAAACUGUAUUUCCUCAAAGCUGGACACCUCUGGAGCGGUGUAUGACGACUCUGGCUGGAGCGUAAUGAGCUCACGCUUCCGGUUGCCUGCUGGCAGAUCCUACAAUGUCCGGGCGUCGGAGCUGGCACGUGACAGGCAGCACACCGAAGUGCUCUGCAACAUCGUUCUGCUGGACAACACCGUCCAGCCUUUUAAAGUUAAUAAGCACGAUCAAGGACAGGUCCUGCUGGACGCAGUGUUUAAGCACCUGGAGCUGACCGAGAGAGACUAUUUUGGGCUGCACCUGGCCGACGAGUCCUCCGACAGUCCGAGGUGGCUGGAUACAAACAAACCCAUCAGGAAGCAAUUAAAAAGGGGAUCUCCUCAUCAUCUGAACUUCCGGGUGAAGUUUUUUGUGAGUGACCCGAGCAAACUUCAGGAAGAGUACACACGGUACCAGUAUUUUUUGCAGAUAAAGCAGGACAUACUCAGUGGGAGACUGCCCUGUCCGCACAACACUGCCGCACUCCUGGCCUCCUACGCUGUUCAGUCUGAGCUGGGGGACUACAGGGAGGCGGAGAACCAACCCAGCUACCUUUCCGAGUUCUGCUUCAUCCCCAACCAGCCGCAGGACUUCGAGAAAGAAGUGGCCAAGCAUCACCAGCAACACAGCGGACUAAGCCCGGCCGAGUCCGAGUUCAAUUACCUAAACACAGCUCGCACCCUGGAGCUCUACGGAGUGGAGCUGCACUAUGCAAGGGAUCAAAGCAACACUGACAUUUUCAUCGGGGUCAUGUCAUCCGGGAUAGGCGUUUACAAGAACAGGGUACGAAUCAACUACUUUCCGUGGCUGAAAAUUGUGAAAAUCUCUUUUAAAUGCAAGCAGUUUUUCAUCCAGCUGAGAAAGGAAGCAACCGAGACUCGAGAGACGUUACUUGGCUUCAACAUGGUGAACUACAGAUCCUGCAAGAACCUGUGGAAGACCUGCGUGGAGCAUCACACCUUCUUCCGGCUGGACCAGCCCGUACCUCCUCAGAAGAACUUCUUCUCGCAUUACUUCAGCUUGGGAUCGAAAUUCCGCUACUCCGGAAGGACAGAAGCACAAUCGGUGCAGUACGGCAAGGAGAAGGGAAUCAAGGACAGGGUGUUCGCCAGAUCUCCAAGCAAGCCUCUGGCUAGGAAGUUGAUGGGUGUGACCGACUGGGAGGCAGUGAGCAGGAACUCUGUGUCUGAGGAGAGGCUGGAGACCCGGAGCUUACCCACCCGCUCUCCUCCUGGCACCCCCAACCAUAGGAAUUCUCUGUUUGUGCAAGAGGGGCCCCGGCAGCGGCCAUCAUCCAUGGGACAUUUAGUGGAGCACAUGAUUCACACUUCGCCCAGCCUGCCUGCUUUCACCAACCACAAAUCAGCCUCAUCCACACAAGCCAACAGCAUCAGCCUGGACUCCUCGCCCUCUCCGGAAUGUGUAGAAGGGCCACCACCAGCACUGCCACCCAAGCAGUCCAGGAAGAACCUGAGUCAGCUCAUCCUCUCGCACUCUCAGCAGGAGCUGGACAACCACAUCAACGAGAUGUACGACAUCCCCAUGGCAACAGACAAGACAACGCUCAAUGGUGUUGUUCCGCAUGAUAAUCUUGUUCUGAUCAAGAUGAAACCGGAUGAAAAUGGCAGAUUUGGAUUCAAUGUUACGGGGGGCUAUGAUCAGAAGAUGCCGAUUAUUGUGUCUCGGGUGGCUCCAGGAACAUCAGCUGAUCUGUGUGUGCCCCGGCUGAAUGAGGGUGAUCAGGUGGUUAUGAUAAACGGCCGUGAUGUUUCUGAGCACACGCAUGACCAGGUGGUUAUGUCCAUCAAGUCCAGCUGUGAAAGCCACUCAGGGGAGCUAAUCCUGCUGGUCAGGCCCAACGCGAUCUAUGAUGUGGUGGAGGAUAAGCUGGAGAUGGAGCCUGAUUUCCAGUACAUCCCAGCCAAAUCGCCCUCGGACCCAUCAGAGCUGGAUCAGGACGCCUGGAGAGACUCCAUGCAGCAGCUGAAAGAAGGCCUGAGCAGUGGAGCUCUGCUCGCUCAGUUUGACCAACUCUACCGUAAAAGGCCUGGAAUGACCAUGUCAUGUGCCAAGUUACCUCAGAACAUCUCCAAAAACCGCUACAGAGACAUCUCACCCUACGAUGCCACACGCGUCAUAUUGAAAGGCACAGAUGACUACAUCAACGCAAAUUACAUCAAUAUGGAAAUUCCCGCUUCCAGUAUCAUCAACCGAUAUAUCGCCUGCCAGGGGCCCUUACCCAAUACAUGCACUGACUUCUGGCAGAUGACCUGGGAGCAGGGAUCCUCCAUGGUGGUCAUGCUCACCACUCAGGUGGAGCGAGGCCGGGUGAAGUGUCAUCAGUACUGGCCCAAUCCCUCAGGUAGUGCUACCUAUGGUGGCUUCCAGGUUUCCUGUCAUACUGAGGAAGGAAACUCUGCCUUCUUGGUUCGAGACAUGACCCUGACACACACAGAGACGGAAGAAAGCAGGGAGCUGACUCAGAUCCAGUACCUGGCCUGGCCGGACCACGGGGUGCCAGACGACUCCACUGACUUCCUGGACUUUGUUGCCCUGGUGCGGAGUAAAAGAGCGAGAAAAGACGAGCCGGUUGUCGUCCACUGCAGCGCUGGGAUUGGCCGGACGGGAGUGCUCAUCACCAUGGAGACAGCGAUGUGUCUAAUGGAGUGCAGUCAGCCUGUGUAUCCGCUGGACAUCGUGAGAACCAUGAGGGACCAGCGGGCCAUGAUGAUCCAGACCCCUAGCCAGUUCAAGUUUGUGUGUGAGGCCAUUCUGAAGGUGUACGAGGAGAACCUGGUCAAGUCCAUGCUCUUCAAGUCUGACUAACAGGGACGCCAGCUUUCACCAUCACGUCACCAAGCUUCACCUGUCGAUGAUCCCCAGAACCAGCACCACUGCAGGGCCUUGAAGAAGUGUGCUGAACAAAAACGCUGUUUUAUCACACAAUGGUCGCAGGUGAUAUUUAUCUCCAAGCAGUCAGUCACCACCAUGUGACAGGAAGAGAAAUCAUGGUGCUUUAAUGCCUUGUAGAGCGUGAGAGGUCAGUCAUCAUGAUGCUUGAGGUGAGGUUCAGAGUGUGAGAUCAUUUGGGUAAAGCACACUUCUUCGAAGCUCUGUGAAGACCCAGAGGGGACGCGUCGGAAGAGAAGCAUUCUUAAGCUAGACGCUUACACAGGACAUUUAAAACCAAGCACUAUUGCACUUUACACUGGCAACUGAACAAUUCGCCAAGCUUCACGAAAAUGGGAGAAAGAAAAAAAAACAAGCAAACGCUGGUACUCUGAGACUUUGAGUGUUCAGGGUUCAUAUGGAAAAUUUUCAGAUUGCUGUGGUGCCAUAUAUGUAAGUACACAAGGGCAGGCCCAUGAGUGUGUUGCUCCUAUGAAAUUGUGCUCAUCUUGCUGAUAGACAACAAAUCAUCCACGCUAUGCGUUUUGGAGUUUUAAUAAGGAUGUUUUAGUUCCCCUUUCCCACCCGUUACUUCAUUAUUCCAGAUGAGGACAGCCAGCAGCUUGUUAUCUUACCCUCAGCGUCGGUAACGAGUGCUUUUUAUUUAUUAGCAUCCUCCAUUUUAUUGAAAUCCACACAGUUGCCAGGAAACCUAGAGCACUUUUGUUUCAUGUUACAAAUCUUCAGCUUGUAUUUUCCUCCUCUCCCGUAAUCCUAAGCGACUGCGCUCGCUGUUCACGGCUCCGACGGCGUCAGACAGGGGGCAUGUCUCGUUUAGAGCUCAUCACUCGUACUUUUUAAAAGCUUAACACAUAAAGCUGUCUUAACAAGAGUGUAAAGACUACUGUCAGUCUGGGAAGAGUGUGUGUGUGUGUGUGUGUGUGGAGACAUGGGCAUGCCUGGCUGUUUCCAUUUGUGCCUCUUCAAGUUGCCUAAACAGCACAGCUAGCCGCGAUUCCUGAUCUUAGAGCCGUAAGGACAGGCCUCCUCAGGUCCAAAAGAAUGUUGCUCGUUAUCAAUCAGCUCCUGUCGCCUCUCCGACCAAGAGAUAUCUUAAACCGUCUGUUUCUCAUAUCUGAGCUCUGCCUCGAUCUGUGCUUUAAAUGAAUGAUCACAGCUGCUUGUUCUCAGAAAUGUCCUCGAAAUGAAGCUUUUAACCUGAUAGAGUUUCUGCUCACUGAAAAGUUCAGUGGACACUUUUCUGCUUUUUUUUUUUUUUUUAAUUUAGAUUUUAAAAAACGUCUCAAUGCAUACAAGUGUGAUAAAGGUCAAACUAACAAAAAUACAGUACAGGAAAUGUGUGUGAUACGAACACACACAAACAGGAUGAAAGAGACGGCGUAUUCGUGUGCAGGCUUGUUCGUGAGAGUGGCUGGUUUGUUCACUUCCUGCCUGAAGCAGCGAGCGGAGAUCGUGACUCAGUGGACGCACUGGUGCACAUGCAACACAGCAUCUGACUCCAUACAUUGCUGGAGAGUGAGUGUGUGUGCUCACAUAUAGCCCUGUCUUGGUGUGUUCAGGUCUUACUAGGAGUCCAGCUUUAGGCAUUCAGCUGAAUUAGUCUCUGUUUCCUCAGCUUCCUGAGACUUCCUCCUUCAGACUGAAACGCUUUGUACAGGAAACGCCCCUAUUUUUUACCUGUUCAACAAGCCCAUGUCCCCCCAGUCAGGCCAUACUAGAGGUGUGCAGCUGGACUGGAUCCCAAGAUAGCCAACAAUAAGUGCGCAGACACACAGAGGCUACGUUUAUGUACACAACAUGCUGGAUUGCUCAUGUUGGUGAUUGAUCAUAUGACUCAUAUGGUCAUUAGAAAUUCCAUCAUGCCAUGUGGGAUUAAUGAAACAUGAGGCAACAUUGAGCAGGAUUAAUCUUUUAGUCUUUUCUGUAGGAGGAAGCAGAAUCGCCUAAAACCUGGUGGGAUUAGUCCAAGUUUUUGCAGGAUUGAUCAGACUUUCUGAGCGGGAUUGGUGAAAUUUCUGGACUAGUGAGAAGGAUUAAUCAAUCCUGCUGUUCUGUGAGUGCAGGCGGGAUUGACGACAAUUUCAGCAGGAGCCUGUGGGAUUAGUUAAGAUUUUUUGCAGCAGCGUGCAAGGGAAUUGGUUGAAAAUUUCUGCAUUCGUGGGCUGGAUCUAGCAAAGUUUCUGUAGGAGUAAGUGGUGAUUGGUAAAAUUUUCUAAAUUAGUAGAGGGGAUUGAUUAAAAAAAUGGCAGUAUGAGUGGGUGGGAUUUAAUUUUUUUUUUUUUUAAUUAGUGGGCAGGAUUGAUGAAAAUGGUAGUGAGAGUGCGCAGGAUUUAAGCUUUCUGAAUUAGUGAGCGGGGUUGAUGAAAGUGGGAGUGGGUGGAAUUGAUAAAAAUGGCUAUGGGAGUGGGUGGGAUUAAAAAUGUUCUGAAUUAGUGGGCGAGAUUGAUAAAAAUGGCUUUGAGAGUGGGUGGGAUUCAAAUUUUCUGAAUUAGUGGGUGGGACUGAUGAAAGUGGGAGUGGGUGGGAUUUUUUUUUUUUUAUUUAAUUAACGAGCAGGAUUGAUGAAAAUGGCUGUGGGAGUAGGCGAGAUUGGUGAAAAUGGCUGUGGGAGUGGGUGGGAUUGGUGAAAAUGGCUGUGGGAGUGGGUGGGAUUGGUGAAAAUGGCUGUGCUUGUGGUUCAGAUCCUCUGUGGGAGCAGGAGUGAUUGAUGAAACGUUUUGUGGGAGCACUCGGGAUUAGUGAAACCUUCUGCAAAUAGAAUCGGGAUUUAAAAACCAGUCCCCUGAACACCUCUAGCUCACUCGGUCGGAUCAGGAUGCCGAAUCUCCAAGUGCUGUAAACUUCCACUGUCUCUGCUUUGGAUUAGUUCAGCGUGUUUGUGUUUAUUCUCAUACACUCGUGUUCAGAAGCAGGUUUCAGGACCAAUCGCUACGCUGUCGUUGAAUGUCCGCUUAGAAACCAACCCAGCAAAUGAUUCAGGUUUUGGUGUAGAUUUUUUUUUUCAGAAAUAAAUAAAUAAAUAAAUAUAUAUAUAUAUAUAUAUAUAUAUAUAUAUAUAUAUAUAUAUAUAUAUAUAUAUAUAUAUAUAUAUAAAAAUAUAUAUAAAUAAAUCUCUCACGCCUAGCUGAAAAGGGCGGCACUUUUUAACAGAGACGGUCAUAGAAGCUACUAAAAUACACGAUUUAACAUUUCUAAAGAUGUGGACAUUUCUAUUUAUCUUUUUUGCCCCCACCCCCCGUUCCCCUGUGAAAGAAAGUCAUUAACUUGUGCCACUUGUUUAUUUUGUAAAUAUUCUACAGUGUGAAUAUGAUGUUGUAUAUUAAAAUAUCUUUAAAAUAAAAAGGAGGAUGUGAUGACACUUUUUUUAAAA